GGAUAUAAUGAAUUUGCACACGCCAGAGUACAGCAAGUGAACCAACUACGUACUGCAUCAUAAUACAAGCAAUAGAACAUCUAGUUUUUUGGUUUGACGCAGCACACCCUCGUCGCACCAGAUUCCCGUCGCUUGUGUGUACGAUGUGAAAUCGUCAGUUGCUUUCGAGACGGAUUGCCGCCGCUUGGACGUCAUUGAUCUUUUUCUGUGCCGUGGGUGGAAUAGGCUGUUGUGUCGGUGUACAGCCUAGAGAAAGUGUCGAGUUAAUUUUGAUCAUCGACUCGGGACGGCGUCGUUCAAAGGGAGAAAUCGGGACCCUGAAGGCUCUGAAUUGUGGUGAAUGUUAGCAGUACUAAAGGCACUGUGGCUCGCCUGCCUGAUACGGUAGUAUCUCUUGCAGGCACUGUCCUGACCCAAAGGAUUCUGAAUAGCAGCAGCUUCUUUCAGCCAUCGUCCCGAACUGCCCACCGAGCCUGCAGCCGCAUCAAUCCGCUUUCUGCCAUCCGCGGGUUGUGUGCUUCGGAGGCGCCAACAGAGCAGCCCCGGUUGACGAGGUUUCAAUCAAGUCGAAUACUCGCAUUCAGUAGGUCUAAUUUCAGGUGCAAGCUUCCUAUGGGCUACCGGCCCUGUUGACGCCGACUUUUGGAUCACCAUCACGACCAAAAUGGUACUUGCUGAUAACAAUGUGUUUCUUGAAGAGCUCGGUCGUCUGUACGAGCAAAACCGGAAGACAGGCUGUGGAUCCGUCUGGGUGACUCUGAAAAGAACGUUUCCUGCUCUGAACGGCGUCCGUGGGUUAAAGCGUAAAAGAGCUCUUCAGGAUGAAGAGAAGCUUCAGACUAGUGUAUGUCUUAUACGGGCUACCAAUGGAAGAAAGAAGAUUUCAACGCAGGUUUCCUUAAAAGAAGUCACUCAGUUCAGCAGCGCUCUGAUGGGAGUGGUGAGGCUAAACGCAGAUGAUUUGCGCCCGUCCCAGCGAACGCAUCCCACAACAAACUGUCCCGAAGCAAAGUCUAGCGACGUCAUUCAGUCACCAGGAAACAAACGAAUGAAGACACAACGAAAAUGUUCUUCUGGAGAGGCAGGGAAGCAAGCUGUCAACGCAGGGAGCCGGGCUGUGGGUACGGAGAAACGAGAAGACUCUGCAUGCGAAGAGCUAGGCAGUGAAAAUGUGAGAAAGUAAAUCUUUCGUAAAUCAUCAGGAAGAAGUCACUUGUUUGUACAGUCCGCUUUGUUCUAGUUGUAUGUGACGGGGCGCCGCGCCCCUUUCCGAGGACGGUGUCGUUUAAUUUAUUCAUACAUAUAUGUAUAUAUAUAGUAAACGUAUAAGCAUAUGCUCUGUAUAAAUGGUCUACUCACCCCGUGGCUUAUGGUGGGUGCAUACGUAGCGGAGGAUGUGGCUAUAUCUUUUGCACGUAGCGCCGGUAUUCUCAUGCCAUGCGACAUCCCUAUCAUGUUUGCUGAACGAGUGUGCAGAUUACUGGCUGAGCACCUGUGUGGCUUGCUUUGUUUCGAACUUUGAUCCUGAAGUGUGGUUAGGGGGAAAGCUAACGUAAUCAUUCUUCUCAAAAAAUGACUGUACGCUGGUUUUGAAACGUUUCUAAGUACGUGAUUGUUUUGUUACGAAAGUUCCGGUCCCAACAAAUAUCCGAGCUCCCUGUC